AUACCCGUGGCCACCCCACGAGGAAAAUGCGUCGGAACGAGGUGAUCACAUUUUUACUUUUUACUCUCCUCCUCUUACUGCCCGAUAAGAAGGGAUUUUGAGGACAACGAUGGAGCAUCGAAUGACAAAGGAGGAGAGGAAAUUUAUUAUAAGGGAGCGAUAUAUAUACAAAUUCAUUGCAGCAGAGGGAUUUAUACAGAGAGCAGGCGGCGGGAUAUAUACAGUGAAUGAGAGGAUAGUGAGAGAAAUAGGGGAAACAUGUCGGGGAGAUAUUUGCAAUAUUCACCGGCAGCAGGGGGUCCCUCACACUCCCCCUCUACGCAUUUCAAUCUGAAUCCCAUGGCAAUGCGCUCCUCUGCUACUCCACAAGAUCACGAAAGUGCGCGGUACUUGACGGAAUUGUUGUCGGAGCGGCAGAAACUGGGGCCGUUUGUGCAGGUUCUUCCCAUCUGCAGCCGCCUUCUGAAUCAGGAGAUUGUACGACUCUCUACCCUGGUCACCAACCAGGGAUAUGGAGACCAUGAUAGACUGGAGCACGGAAGCCCCAUGACAUCUGCAGGUCCUCUUUCAAAUGGUGGAUCAAUGGACUUGGGUGGUUGGGCUGGCCUUCAAACAGAGAGAAUGAGCAUGUCACAGGCGGCAUCAAUGGGCUGGCAUGGUGCACCCACAGGUUCUAUCACCCCUGUUGUGAAGAAAGUCCUCCGGCUAGAUGUUCCUGUAGACAAAUUCCCUCAUUUCAAUUUUGUUGGUCGGCUCCUAGGACCCAGAGGAAACUCAUUGAAACGGAUUGAAGGCACAACUGAUUGUCGGGUCUUUAUUAGAGGGAGAGGCUCCGUCAAAGAUUCUGCAAAGGAAGAAAAACUGAGGGAUAAGCCAGGUUAUGAGCAUUUGAAUGAACCUCUGCAUGUCUUGGUUGAGGCUGAAUUACCUGCUAACAUUAUUGAUUCUCGUCUGAAACAAGCUCUUGAAAUUUUGGAAGAAAUGUUGAAGCCUGUGGAUGAGUCUCAAGAUUAUUUUAAAAAGCAACAGCUACGAGAAUUGGCCUUGUUGAAUGGUACUUUAAGAGAAGAUAGUCCUCACAUGAGUGGGAGUGUAUCUCCUUUUAACAGCUCUGGCAUGAAACGAGCAAAGACUGGGCGCUAGUUGUGAAGAAGGCAUUAUGUUCCUUGAGAACAUCCUACUAUUCUUGGAAAAAUUAUUUCGCGUGAUUUGCUGAGGUGGUGCUUGUAGUUUAUGAAGCUGACAAUUGAUGAAGUUCAAUGACAUUCAGGUGGAGGAGGUCUAAACACUCACUAUAUGAUGUGGUAAUGAGUGUUGCUUCUAUGAUACACUGAUGUACUGGCUGCUGAAUUAGAAAUAUAUUACAAGACUUCCAACUGCAGGAUAUGCAAUUGUAAAGCUUUUGUAGAGAGGGGAACUUUACUAGAAGUAGUCGAACUCUCUUCUAGAGCUAUAUCUAGGCUUGGAGGCUUGUGCCAUUAUACUGUGGGAUAUUUGGUCUGUUAUUAGUGGCUACUAAGUAUUUAUUAUUUAUUAUUCAUGACAUUUUUGAGCUUUGUUUGGAGCUUGAAGUGUCAAAUUAUGUCUUCGCAAGAGUUGGCCCUUGUGUCUGAUGUUCUUUUAAAAAUAUGUAAUUUGACAACAUUUUAAUAAAGGAUCUUUUACUUAA